GGUGACGACGCAGGGCUGGGACGUAAAUACGUAAAGAGGACGCGCCGUGACGUCAUGGUGGUGAGUGCAAUGUGUCUCCCCUUACAGCGGCCAUAGGGCACAGCCUGAGCUGCUGUCUGACUGCAAGGCAUCAUGGGAGUUGUAGUUCUACAUUAAAUGGGACCUGUUCUGCUUCCUGGUCUCACAGACUAUUAGCCAUUAAUAAUUUAUUAACUGGGGAUUGACACUCCACAUCAAUAGCCUAGCGCUCUCAUACACACCGAGUCCAUGGGAUAUUUAUAAAGCGCCAACAGAUACCGCAGCGCUGUACAAUAUGUGGACUAAGAGACCAGGCGCGUUCGAUGCACAGGAACCCACCGUGCCGUGGGACCCGCUCUAACGAGAUUACAUCCCGGGGGGAGUGGGGUAAAGUCACCAGAGAUUUUAGGAAAUUGAAACCCAGAUUUAACAAAAAAUGGCAGAUUUCUGGAAACGUCUCCAUAUCUGCUAAUUGUCACACCUUAUUAUUUUAGCAAAAUAUUGCAGUUCUGUGUUCGGUUCUUGACAAUUCAGUGCUUAGUGGACAAACCCCUUUUUAUAUUGAAAUAUUUUCCGCUGUGUGAAGAAUGGAGGUAUGGCGGCCGCUCCACGAUUACCAGGGUGCUGUCCAGAAAUUAUUCUCAUUAAUCACAUCCAUUCCCUGAUUUAUUAUUUAUAUAGCGCCAUCAGAUUCCGUAGCGCUGUACAAUGGGGAUCGUUAACACUUUGCUAUUCCUCCAGUGAUUUCUCUCAGAAAUGGACGCUAGAGAAAUAACCCACUGUGGUUGAAUGUAGGUCUCAAAUCAGGACUGUGGCACUAAAUGCAUUUUUUAAUUGGGGGUAUAUUGAAAAACAUUUUGCAAAAGCUGCAGAUCUCUUGUCUGCAGUCUUUGCAAGCCCUCCUCUUCUGAUCUUGCCCAGACUUUUUUUUAGCAGUCCAAUCACAGACUUCCCAAUGCAGCUCAAUGAGAACUCUGUGCAAGCCAGGUUAUCUGGGUAGUUGUUGCCUCCUGAGUUUAGCUCCACUGAGCUAACCAAACCAGGAAGUAACAGGACCUGUUGUCUGAUUGACAGCCAGGGGGUCUAAUAAGAUUCAUUUAUAAUGUUGACACUUUCUAUUUAAAUCUGCCCUUUUUCUGAAAUGGAAAAAAGAGGACACACUCUUCACACUUAAAGCACUCCAGCAAGCAGACGUGCUUUCGGCGUCUGAAGUGUCCCUUUAAGCUGACGUUGAUAUGGAGCUUACACUGCCCCUUUAACUAUACAUUUGCUGCUGAAUUUUCCAGCACAAUGUAGAGAUAAAAUUUAUCUCUGAAAUAUUUACAGUAUAGGUUUCUAGCACAAACAGUUGAAGGCAACUCAAACAACCAAACAAGAGUCUCUCUGUUCCGAUCCAAAAGAAAAUGUGUGUGGUGGAAGGAGGGAGUAGCAGUGUGAUCUCAGAGAUAGAAGUAGUCUUGGUAGUAGUUGAAUGUAUAAAAGAGAAUAUAACUAAAUAUAGUGCAGUUUAUUCUGUAUAAAAUAAUUUAGAGUAAGAAGAGCACUUACUGAGUGUAGAGCUUGAGUAGCGCUAUUAUGUAGCGCCUGGGUGGAAUGAUCCCUGCGUAAGGAUGGUUGGUCUCUUCUUCAAUAAGGUACUUGUGUGCAUGGGUGACCUCAGGUAGGCAGGUUAGCUCAGGGUGGUAUAGGUCUCAUAUACCAGCCAGCUAACCUUAGGCUGGAUCACACCGCCCAAGCGCUACGUAGUAGAGCUACUCUAGCUCUACACUCAGUAACUGCAUUUCUUUUUAAUCUGACCUAUUUUAUACAGAAUAUACUACACUAUAUAUUUUGUUGUAUUCUUUCUCUUUAUACAUUCAGCUACCACUGAGACUACUUCUGCCUCUGAGAUCAAACCAAGGUGCUAUCCCCCUCCUUUUACCAUACGCAUAAAAUGUAUCUCUAUUUGACAUCCUCACAGAUUACUGGUCUGUUUGAAACCUUGGUAUACACUUUCAUUAAUGUAUUAUAAACAGUACUCACUAUUUCAUAAAGCCAUGCUACUAACAUUUUUUUUUUUCUUUUUAUAAAAAUGCAGAAAUUUGCAUUGCAGUUUAAAGCCUCUUUGGAGAAUAUUACUCGGCUUCGGCCGCUCGGAGAUGAUUUUCGCUGGUUCCUGAAGGUGAGAGAUGGCGACCUGGAUGCUCUGCUGUCUUUCUUAUAGGUUGCCAUACAUGUGAUUUGGUACUUCGUUUAUAAAAUACAGGCACCAUUCCACCUUAUGGACAUAAAGCAAAUCGAAAUGCCUUAAAUGUACCCUCCGAGCACAAUAACUACUGCAGCCCCGUGUAAAGUUUUAUCUGUUAUGGUACAAAAUUUAAGGUCAUAGUACAAAGGGGGCACAUGGAAUAUAGAACUUCUCAUAUCUCUUGGUUUAGAGCAGUGAAUGUAUCCAGGACUAGGAGUGACAUGUUAAAAUAACACAGCAGGACUGAUUACUAAAACACUGUGUAUGUUCUGUUUCCAGUUAAAGUGUGGCAACUGCGGCGAGGUGCCCGACAAAUUGCAGUAUAUCACGCUAAUGGUGAGCUGGAUCAUUUUUCGUGUACUCUGUUUUCAUGGAUAUUGCAUUGGGGGCAGAGGUAUAAAAGCAAAUGAGAAAAUUAUUAUUAUUGGUAUUUAUAUAGCGCCAACAAAUUCCAUAGCGCUUUACAAUAUUUUAAGCGCAGUGCUUACAAUUAGCUGUGAAAACAAAUCAAAUCAUGUCGGUAUAGAAUGUGUUGUGUCUUUCAGAGAAAGUACCAAACAAUUUUGGAUUUUGUCUUUUGUUUGUCUUCCCCUCUAUGAAUAUUACCAUUUUUAACAAGUUAACAUGGUGCUGGAAAAUGUAUGUCCCCAAAUACUUUUUGGAUAGAUGGUAUUUCACAUUUUCAUUAUAGGAAUAUCUCAAUGCGAAAUAAGGGUGAAUACAAAUCACUGUCGAACAAAUAGUUUGAGGCUUUUAUGUUAAUGGGAGAGAGCUCUGUAGAUACAAUAUACAAAUAGUUUUAAAUAAUAAACAGGUGUCCAUUCAUUCCAUUAGAAUCUAGAAAAUGCUGGACCCUCAUGAUUGCAUGGUAACUGUCACGGCGCAGGGGGUCUGUAUCAAUGCGGCUGCGCAUGAUCAGUGCUGCUGCGUCGAAAAUCCUCCAAGAAGACGGGUCCCAGCUGGUGCGGCGUUCCCUACUUCUGAUAUCCCGACCCUUGGCUAGUUACUCGUAUUGUCUCAUUCUGUAUCCCUGACCUUGGCUUGUUCUUUGAUCAUUCUCUUUUACGUUUAGUCCGGCCAUUCUAAGGUUUGUGUUAAUAUAGUUUUCGUGUUGGGUCACACCGUAAUCGUGACAAUAACACAGCUUAAAAGAGCACUUUAAGCACCAUACCCACUACAGAUCAUUACAGUAGUUUUGGUGCAAAGAGUCUAUGAGCGUUGUCUUCCUAGUUUGUAUUCAACGGUUUCCUAGAAAUGGGGCUCAGCCAGUGCCUCAAAACUAACCCCUCUGCUUCUACUAGGUUGAAGCGGAGUGGAAUUUGCUCUUAAGCUGUCCAUAGCGCUGCCUCAACCUAUCAACUCCAAGUUAGAUGACAAAUGCAAAAGUUCACUUCUGCAUUAACCAAGCUUCAGCAAAAUGUCCACAUAUUGAGUGAUGUAAGAGCAAUUAUAGAAACAGUGUACAGACCUAAUGCUCUGAGCAAUACUGAAUCAUUGUUUUAUCCUUGUACUAAAACUGUCCUUUUUCCAAACAUAGGACAGCACCCCCCUGAAGGGUGGUAGGGGUAGUGCCAGCAUGGUACAGAAGUGCAAGUUAUGCUCCAGAGAAAAUUCCAUUGGUGAGUGACAAAACAAUUUGAAACAUUUAAAUAGCUGUUUGGAAUCAUAGAAACAUAGAAUGUGACGGCAGAUAAGAACCAUUUGGCCCAUCUAGUCUGCCAAAUUUUCUAACUACCCCGUAAAUACGCAGUUGUCGUUUUAUUGUUAAUACUCCCUAUGUGACAGAUGAUAUAUUAAUAGCAAAUAAGGUUAUUAUUGGUAAUUCAAAAUGAUUUUAAAGUGAAUUUCAUAUUGUAAGUUAAAAUAGCCAAACCUAAACAUCUGACCUACAGAAUUUGGCCAAUUCUUUUACUUUUAAAAAAUAACAAAUAAUAGUUUAGUUGCUAAACAGUGAUUUUUUUUGUUUUGUUUUUUGCAUGUUUAUAUGUGAAGCCUGAUUUUCAAACUGAAAUGAUUUAACAAAAAUAUCGCAACUUUUCAAACACUUUGUAUAACUGUAUAUAGAGUAUAACGAAUUGAACGGGUAUGGUAUCCAUUAAAAGAAAUCUAUCUAUGGUGGCUAUUUGAAAAUGUGAACAUCAUUUCAGCACGCGAUAAUGCUGUUGGAUAUAGAAGACCUCAGCGUGAUUACAAGGCAGUUCCUACACUUUUACAGGAUUAGAAUUUUACGUUUAAGAUAAAAAUAGACUGUUUCCAGUUUGGCUAAAUCUGCUGUCAUUUCAGUUUGGAUGCCCUUUUGUUUGAUUUGAAAUUCAUAUUGGAUUUUUUUUUUAGUAAUAACCCUGUACGAUUUCCAAGCUAGGUGGCUUAAAAUACCUUUCACUUAAUUUAUCCAAAGCUGAAGAAUUAGUUUGCAUUAGACAAACAAAACCUAGUGCCAGCAAUCCAUGGUUGUUUCAAAAUCUUUGCUUUUGUACGAUAAUUGAAAAUUUAAUUUGAAACAUUUUUAUAUCCUUACAGAUAUUUUACGUCCUUCUCUGCAAUCAUAUAAUGUAAGCAGUAUUUUGGAUUGGACAUAAAGUAAACAGUUAAAAUCUGCAUGUGAACCUGGGACUGAUUGUUUCUUUUUUUUUUUUUUUUUGUCAAUCGGCUCAAUACAGGCUGAGGACAGCGAGACUUUUAAAACGAUUGUUGAAUUUGAGUGUCGAGGCUUGGAACCUGUCGACUUUCAACCUCAGGUGAGUGAUGCACAAAGCAAUAGGUGUGCAUGCAAAUGAUCAUAAACUUAAAAUGUUUUAAUAGAGGGAUUGCUCUACAAUAAAUGGUAUCACACCAGCAAGAAUAUCAAGUCAUGCGGUUAUUUGACUGGUGCGGUGAUGGAAAAAAGGUAAGUUUAAACGCCUUUUAACUUCACUCUAACGGGGGUCAGAGACCCAAACUGCUACUCCAGCAUUAUAGUGUUGGGAAUACAAGUUUGUAUUCCUAACACUAUUUAAGGGAACAGGGAUAAUGCACUCAGACCACUUCAAUGCCUAUAGUGUCCCUUUAAAGUUAAUUUAAAGUGAUUUUCAGAUUUAAGACCAAAAUCGAUUUAAGGAACAAAUCACUAAGUCAGCAAUGCCUAUUGUUCAGCUACUUUAGACAUCAAUUUGAAAUUCACUUUGAAUUCUCACUUUAAUAAAUAGCCCUGUAAAUAAUUGGGACUGCCUGCUGCUGUUACGUAUCACAGCAAUGUGCAGUGUGUAUGUUUGUAUAAUAGCCACGUGUAGUGUCGAUCACAGCAAUAAAGUUUGUAGUAUAGUGCAGUGUUGAUCACAGCAAUAAAGUUUGUAGUAUAGUGCAGUGUUGAUCACAGCAAUAAAGUUUGUAGUAUAGUGCAGUGUCUGUCACAGCCAUACAGUUUGUAGUAUAGUGCAGUGUCUGUCACAGCCAUACAGUUUGUAGUAUAGUGCAGUGUCUGUCACAGCCAUACAGUUUGUAAUAUAGUGCAGUGUCUGUCACAGCCAUACAGGUUGUAGUAUAGUGCAGUGUCUGUCACAGCCAUACAGUUUGUAGUAUAGUGCAGUGUCUGUCACAGCCAUACAGUUUGUAGUAUAGUGCAGUGUCUGUCACAGCCAUACAGUUUGUAGUAUAGUGCAGUGUCUGUCACAGCCAUACAGUUUGUAGUAUAGUGCAGUGUCUGUCACAGCCAUACAGUUUGUAGUAUAGUGCAGUGUCUAUCACAGCCAUACAGUUUGUAGUAUAGUGCAGUGUCUAUCACAGCCAUACAGUUUGUAGUAUAGUGCAGUGUCUAUCACAGCCAUACAGUUUGUAGUAUAGUGCAGUGUCUAUCACAGCCAUACAGUUUGUAGUAUAGUGCAGUGUCUGUCACAGUAAUACAGUUUGUAGUAUAGUGCAGUGUCUGUCACAGCCAUACAGUUUGUAGUAUAGUGCAGUGUCUGUCACAGUAAUACAGUUUGUAGUAUAGUGCAGUGUCUGUCACAGCCAUACAUGUUGUAGUAUAGUGCAGUGUCUGUCACAGUAAUACAGUUUGUAGUAUAGUGCAGUGUCUGUCACAGCCAUACAGUUUGUAGUAUAGUGCAGUGUCUGUCACAGCCAUACAGUUUGUAGUAUAGUGCAGUGUCUGUCACAGCCAUACAGUUUGUAGUAUAGUGCAGUGUCUGUCACAGCCAUACAGUUUGUAGUAUAGUGCAGUGUCUCACAGCCAUACAGUUUGUAGUAUAGUGCAGUGUCUGUCACAGCCAUACAGUUUGUAGUAUAGUGCAGUGUCUGUCACAGCCAUACAGUUUGUAGUAUAGUGCAGUGUCUGUCACAGCCAUACAGUUUGUAGUAUAGUGCAGUGUCUGUCACAGCCAUAUAGUUUGUAGUAUAGUGCAGUGUCUAUAUUUGUAUCUCUCUAAUACUUGCACCACCGCACAUCAAUGUGAGGUUUAUGUUUUUCUGUGGUGCAGUGUGUUGAGUUAACGGAAUAAAUAGUGGGCAUUUAUUAGUUUUAGAAGUGGCUCAGAAAUGGUUAGAGAAUUCUUUCUUGACAUACAGGGAGUGCAGAAUUAUUAGGCAAAUGAGUAUUUUGACCACAUCAUCCUCUUUAUGCAUGUUGUCUUACUCCAAGCUGUAUAGGCUCAAAAGCCUACUACCAAUUAAGCAUAUUAGGUGAUGUGCAUCUCUGUAAUGAGAAGGGGUGUGGUCUAAUGACAUCAACACCCUAUAUCAGGUGUGCAUAAUUAUUAGGCAACUUCCUUUCCUUUGGCAAAAUGGGUCAAAAGAAGGACUUGACAGGCUCAGAAAAGUCAAAAAUAGUGAGAUAUCUUGCAGAGGGAUGCAGCACUCUUAAAAUUGCAAAGCUUCUGAAGCGUGAUCAUCGAACAAUCAAGCGUUUCAUUCAAAAUAGUCAACAGGGUCGCAAGAAGCGUGUGGAAAAACCAAGGCGCAAAAUAACUGCCCAUGAACUGAGAAAAGUCAAGCGUGCAGCUGCCACGAUGCCACUUGCCACCAGUUUGGCCAUAUUUCAGAGCUGCAACAUCACUGGAGUGCCCAAAAGCACAAGGUGUGCAAGACACACAAGCUGAAAUGUCAAGACUGGGCCAAGAAAUAUCUCAAGACUGAUUUUUCUAAGGUUUUAUGGACUGAUGAAAUGAGAGUGAGUCUUGAUGGGCCAGAUGGAUGGGCCCGUGGCUGGAUUGGUAAAGGGCAGAGAGCUCCAGUCCGACUCAGACGCCAGCAAGGUGGAGGUGGAGUCCUGGUUUGGGCUGGUAUCAUCAAAGAUGAGCUUGUGGGGCCUUUUCGGGUUGAGGAUGGAGUCAAGCUCAACUCCCAGUCCUACUGCCAGUUCCUGGAAGACACCUUCUUCAAGCAGUGGUACAGGAAGAAGUCUGCAUCCUUCAAGAAAAACAUGAUUUUCAUGCAGGACAAUGCUCCAUCACACGCGUCCAAGUACUCCACAGCGUGGCUGGCAAGAAAGGGUAUAAAAGAAGAAAAUCUAAUGACAUGGCCUCCUUGUUCACCUGAUCUGAACCCCAUUGAGAACCUGUGGUCCAUCAUCAAAUGUGAGAUUUACAAGGAGGGAAAACAGUACACCUCUCUGAACAGUGUCUGGGAGGCUGUGGUUGCUGCUGCACGCAAUGUUGAUGGUGAACAGAUCAAAACACUGACAGAAUCCAUGGAUGGCAGGCUUUUUGAGUGUCCUUGCAAAGAAAGGUGGCUAUAUUGGUCACUGAUUUGUUUUUGUUUUGUUUUUGAAUGUCAGAAAUGUAUAUUUGUGAAUGUUGAGAUGUUAUAUUGGUUUCACUGGUAAUAAUAAAUAAUUGAAAUGGGUAUAUAUUUGUUUUUUGUUAAGUUGCCUAAUAAUUAUGCACAGUAAUAGUCACCUGCACACACAGAUAUCCCCCUAACAUAGCUAUAACUAAAAACAAACUAAAAACUACUUCCAAAAAUAUUCAGCUUUGAUAUUAAUGAGUUUUUGGGGUUCAUUGAGAACAUGGUUGUUGUUCAAUAAUAAAAUUAAUCCUCAAAAAUACAACUUGCCUAAUAAUUCUGCACUCCCUGUAUAAAGAGCUCUCAUAUGGCCAUUAAGGACAAUUCUAUUGGCAUUUGGAGCACACCCUGAUUAAUCCAGGACCAAAGUGUUAAAAUUCAGCAGUUACUAUGUUAAACGAACUACCUCGGAAAUAUUGGCUGUAAAAUUGCCCUGAUUCAUACUGAAUGGUCUUAAUAUAUCUUAUAGAGAAUAAUUGUGAUAAGUAAUAAACAUACUUUAUAAAUAUUUUAGUGUGUCCAUAUUUAGACAGUGACAUUUCCUUGUUUUGGUUCUGUACCCCAGCACAUUAAAAUGGUGAUCUAAAAAAAUCAAGUGCCAAUUUGAGAAUUAAUUUUAGAGCAUGUUCAUUUUAAUGAUCUGUGUAGCAAUUACAAAUCUUCAUAGUCCACCCAUUUUAUAGGAUUAAUAGUUAUUGGGCAAAUGAACACAAUUAUUAAAUGUCAUACAGUAUAGCUGGCCUGUCAUGAAAAUAUUUUCAACUAUGGCUAUUUUUUUUGUUGUUAUUAUUUUUUUAAGGCUUAACCAGUGCUUUGCAUCUGGUGAUAAACCAUAUGUUGUUGUAGUAUUCUGUUUAUGGUGUUUUGGCAAUUUUCACCCUGGAGAAUGUUCUUUACCUCCUCAAAAUAUAUAUGUGUGUGUGUAUAUAUAUAAUUUUUUUUUUUUUUUUUCUAGAUUCAGGGAUCAUGGGUGUAAAUGCUCAAAUUAGGGCCUUGAUUUAAUACGCUUUGCAAAAACACUUUCCUCAUGUUUUCUUGACAAAACUUUCCACAUAAGUGUUAAUGGUGGCUUUUGUAGAUAAAUAAUUUAGAACAUUUAUUAAAUCAAGGCCAAAAUUCCAAACACCAUAAUCACUACAACUUAUUCGGCUAUUUGUACUGUCCCAUUGGAAGUGGUCUUUGUUUUAAGUGUAAAACCACUGUAAAACUGUUCAUCCAAAAACAGGGAUUUCUUGCAAAGACUUCAGACAUUGUAACCAAUACAAUAAACUGAAGUCAGUGUUUAAAUUAAAAACAAAUGCUGAAGGGCAAUGACAAAACAAGAAGCAUUGUGUCACAGUCCAAAGUCUUACAUACUGUGCUGUAAAAAUAUCCAGUUAGACAAAUCACUCAAUAAGUCACAGAUAUACUACAGGUAGGUAUCUUGCCCCAUCUCCCAAGUAUUCUUUUUGCCAUUUGAGAUGUUAGGAAAUCUGAAUCAUAUUAUAGGUCAUGCUUAGAAUGUGGUACAGAAUUCUAAAAUGAUGCCUUGUCUCUCUCGUCCUUUGUGUAUCACGUUUCUUUUUUUUCUUGUUUUAGGCCGGGUUUGCUGCUGAGGGAGCGGACACAAGGACUCCAUUUAAUGAAAUUAACCUACAGGAAAAGGUUAUUAUAUUAGUAAUUAACAUCAUAUGCUAGUGAUUGGAGGUACUAAUAAAAAAAGAAGGGUUAUCUUUAUAUUUUUAGUUGGUAAAGGCUCACACAAUCUGCUUCCUCAUCUUUCCACUUUAACUGUAGUGGACAUCAAUCUAAACCAGACCUCCAUGACUAUUUGCACACAUUUCUCCAAAACGUUUUUGUAUGAUCUGACCUGGCAGCUUCAGAAGCGGAGUGAAAUAUUUUGUUGGGUUAACCAGCCCUCUCUGCUGCUGUAAUUACCACUGCACUGCUUGAAAGGACAGAAAACACAUACUGAAUACAAACAGAUUUAGUUUAUUGAGAGAAAAAGAAUAGAAAAAGAAAGAGUGGCAAAGUUUCUCUUUCAAUCCUGAGAUACUUAUUUUUUAAAUGCAUGCUUCAGGGUAUAAGGAAUAAUAUUAUAGGUUAGCGGUAUGUCUGAUCUUCUUUAACCUGAGGUUUUACAAGCCAUUUUCAUUUUUUAAAAUCUAUUCUCGUGGGUAUUAAUGGGUAUUGUUAAGCUCCCUAUUUCUGUGUUCACUCUCUAGGAUUGGACGGAUUAUGACGAAAAGGCCAAAGAAUCUGUGGGGAUCUACGAAGUGACACAUCAAUUUAAGAAAUGUUAAACUGAACAAUUGAUUCAAAUAAAUCCAAAAUAUUUAUGUUCCCUUUAUGG